AUGAAUGCUUUGUUCAACCAUGCGACGAAGCAGAAAAACCUGUUGCAACGAGACCUGGCAAAGUUCGAAAGAGACCUAACGGUGGCCCCAAUUUCACUACAAGGCUCCAUAAGUGCCACUUUAGUAUCGUUUGAAAAAACCAUUCAGCAAUAUCAAGAGCAUUUGACAAGAUUUUACACAACGAAUCCCAGUGAAGACGAAAGCUCGAAACUCAAAUACGAGACCAGGUUACAGAACUUGCAAAAUGAGCACAGCACUGCAAAAAAUCGAUUCCAGGAUUUGAAAAAACAAUGUAACGAAAUGAAUUCUCGCGACAGGCUUUUGAAAUCCAGCAGUAACCCAUUUGAUGAAGAUUUCACGGUUAAUAAACGUAACACAGCAGCAUCCAAUGCAUCAAACAAUAUCAAUAACGGCUCUGCAACCUCCUCGUUGCCCAUGUAUCAAGGACUACAAAAAGAAUUAUCCGUUUUUGAACGUGGGAAUGCUCAUCUCGACUACAUCUUGGAAAUGGGACAGCAGUCGCUUGAUGACAUUGUUGAUCAGAAUGCAGUGUUGCGAAAGAUGGAAGACCAGAUGACAAGAAGUAUGCAGACGCUGGGAAUCUCUAAUGAAACAAUUUCCAAAAUCAACAAGCGCGUCUUCAAGGAUAAGUUUAUAUUUUGGAUAGGGUUCUUCCUUUUGCUUGCUGGGUUUUACUUUGUGAUAAAACUGCUGCGCUAG